AUGAUGCUUAGGCUGACCAGGUCAGCCCUCCUGGGGCUCGUGUGCGCAACCACCAGCCUCGCCGCCGCGCCCCCCUCCGGCGUCGUAGCAGCAACCAGGUCCGACAGUAGCUCGGCCUUCGUGUCGGCAUGGUCGGGCGUCAGGUCGGGUGGCGGCUGCCGCUCGGAGGAGUGGAGAAGCAACUGCACGCCUGUGCGCGCCGCAGGCGCCAACCGGCCGUUCUCGUCCGCUCGCAGGCCGGCACGUAGCAGCAGCAGCAGCAGGGCGAGGUCAAGCAGGCCUUCGCAGGGAGGAGCUCUGCGGAUGGGCAGGGACUUAUACGAGGUGCUCGGCGUGGACAGGGGUGCCGACAAGUCGCAGCUCAAGUCGGCCUUCCGGAAGCUCGCCCGCGAGUACCACCCUGACGUCAACGACUCCCCCGGCGCCAGCGAGAAAUUCAACGAGAUCAGCACCGCCUACAGCGUCUUGAACGACGACGAACAGCGGCAGCGUUACGACCAGUUUGGCGAGGCGGGGAUCGGAAGAGGAGGCGGAGGAGGGGGUGCGGGAUUCGACCAAGUCGACCUUUCGGACAUUUUCGACAGCUUUUUUGGUGGAGGCGGUAUGGGUGGCGGGGGCCGGCAGCAGCAGAGACGGCAGGGGCCUGUACGGGGUGACGAUCUUCGAGUGGACCUUGACUUGGACUUCAAGUCAGCUUGCUUCGGAGUGGAAGAGAAGGUCCGCAUUCGCCACCUGGAGACCUGCAACACGUGCUCGGGCAGCGGCGUGAAGCCAGGGGCCAAGGUCAGCACGUGCGGGCAGUGCGGGGGCUCCGGUGUGGUGAUUCAGGCCACCCGUACCCCCCUCGGCGCCUUCCAGACCCAGACGACUUGCCCAACUUGCCGCGGGACCGGAGAGGUUGUCGAGGAGUACUGCGGGUCUUGCUCUGGCCAGGGGGUCGUGGAGAAGACCAAGCAGGUCAAGGUCAAGGUCCCAGCCGGAGUGGACGACGGCAACAAGCUCCGGGUCAAGGGCGAGGGAGACGCGGGAGCGAAGGGGGGGCCUGUGGGAGACCUGUACGUGUUCCUCAACGUCAAGAGCGACCGUAAGUUCAAGCGGACAGGGAAGGACAUCUACAGCGAGCAGAAGAUUUCGUACCUGGACGCCAUCCUCGGAAACGACAAUGUGAACGUGGAGGUCGUGGACGGGAACGUUGAGAUCAAGGUGCCCGCGGGCUGCCAGCCGGACACGGUGCUGCGCAUCCGAGGGAAGGGAUCCCCGCAGCUCAACAACGCGUCGGUCCGUGGUGACCAUUACGUGACGAUGAAGGUCGCCAUCCCGAGAGACGUGAGCGCGGAAGAGAGGAGUUUGUUGGAGGAGCUCCAGACGAAGGGGGGCGGGAAAAUCAAGGACAGCAAGAAGAAGAGCAAGGGAAACAAGGGUUUCGGCGGCAUCUUCAGCUAAAUAAUUUUGCCAUCAUGAAGGAUGAACUCUCCGGCGGGGGGGUUUCGUCGCUUCAUUUUCUGCUGGCGGCCCACGCACAGCAGCAGCAGGCGGAACUUAAUGGACCAAGUCUCGGCGACGACGCUGUGUUGAGAUUUGUUGCCGUUUUGACUUUUGCGGUGUAGCCGGCCUUGAGUUUCGGAACAUUUUUCGGAAUCUUGUUGUGUUUGUGCCCCCCCCCCC